CAGAGUCCACGGAACAGUGUUACGUGCUUCGGGUAAGAAUAUCGUUGGGCAACAUCGUGUCAAUGGUUUGUCCACAGGGCAACGACGUAGACAAGAGACAAUAGAAACAAGUGUUUCAUUCAAUUAGGUGUAUCGAAACUCUACGCCAUUGUAUUGCGCGAUGGUAUAAAUGGGUUUUGAAAUCAAUGGGUCCUCCAGUCGUUGCUUCGCUUCGUCCGAAAGGAAUCAUUGAAAGAGAACAGGUGAUCGUGCCAUCCUAAGGGUACCAUGAAAAUUAUUCUUCUGGCAUUUUGCUUUCUUUGCCUCUCCACGAUGAGAGUGCGAUCGAAGCCACAGAUAACUAGACUCUAUCCGAUCCAAGAAAUGAUCGAACGCGAGCAAACCAACACUGAGACGAAGCCUCUGGACAAAUUAUUUGGAAAAUUGCGAGCCACGUACAACUUCGUGUUUCGAAAGCCAGAGAACACGAGUAACGUGGAGAAAAUUUUGGCCAAGGAUGCGCCUGACCCUGACGUACAAACGUUGAAAUCGAUUUGGCUGAAUCGAAUGGAACAGUACCGGAGGAUUAACCAGGACGCGGAGAAAUCACGUGAACCAGAAAGGACAUAUUUGUCCGACGACGAUUGGGUGAACGAUAUUCAACCGUUGGAUCGUUUGGAACCAUUGGAGUUUGACGAGGAAGAUAUGGAAGAUAAAAAUCGGGACGUGGAGUUUGUUACUCCGAGGAAUGGCUUUCAACUUCCGGUCACCCUGAGCCGCCAUCUCGUCGACUGGCUUGGCUCGCUUUUGGGAAUUACUUAUGGUGUUUACUCGAAAUUGGCUAGAGCCAUUUAUACUAACAAUACCGUGACAAAUAAUUAGGAACUCAUUUUAUAUACGUAUCAAAGUUUGGACAAAGAACAUUAUUAUCUGCUGUAACCUAUGGUCUUUCAAUAAAAUUUAAGUAAAAAUA